UCCCUGCAUCCCUGGUUCUACCCCCAAGAAUUUAUUCCCAGUUGAUAGACAAAAACGCCGGUUAAAAAAUGGAGAAGUUCAACAAAGCGCAGGCCAAAAAUUUAGCGGCUGCCCAAAAACUGGUGGACAACUACGCCUCCAGCUCCGAAGAUGAAGGCGAACUGGAUGAACAGCAUAUUUUGGAACUCCUGUACAAGAACUACAGACCCACGGAGAGCGCAGGGAUCUCCAAGGAUGCGGCCCGCACCAGUACGUUCCUGGAGAACACCCUCCACUCGGGAGCAGCCACUUGCCUCAUCUGCAUCGGAAGCAUCCGCCGGGUGGAGGCCAUUUGGUCCUGUGAGAGCUGCUACUGCUUCUUCCACCUGAACUGCAUCCAGCGGUGGGCCAACGACAGUAUGAUGCAGAUGAAGGUGAAGGCGGCGGAGCAGCAGAACGGCCAGACCAGCCAGGGGUACUACAAUCACCUGGGCGAGUUUGUGCCGCCCAAGCGCCAGAAAUCCUUGCACUGGUGCUGUCCCCAGUGCCGCAGGGACUACCAGCCGGCGGAGAAGCCCACGCAGUACAACUGCUUCUGUGGCAAGGAAGUGAAUCCUGAGAACCAGCCCUUCCUGGUGCCCCAUUCCUGCGGCGAGAUCUGCGGAAAACUGCUGCAACCGAAGUGUGGACACGAUUGCAAGCUGCUAUGUCAUCCGGGGCCAUGUCCACCGUGUGCCCAGCAGGCACAGGUCUCCUGCUUGUGCGGCAAAUCCAGUCCCAGAUCCAUGAGAUGCAUCGACAAGCAGUGGAGAUGUCAGCAGCUGUGCAAGGAUCUUCUGGCCUGUGGCAAGCACAAGUGCAAUCAAGUGUGCCAUCGACCAGGACAGUGCCCUCCCUGCACUAGCAAAAGCCUGCAGCCUUGCGAGUGCCAGCGGGAAUCCAAGAUGGUCAGCUGCUCCGAUCGCAAAUGGAAGUGCCAGAACGUAUGUGGAGCUCCUUUCGCUUGUGGUUUGCAUAUUUGCGAAAAGGUCUGCCAUGCCGGUCCUUGUGGAGAUGGCGAGUGUCCCUUGCAAGUCAGAAGUUGUCCUUGUGGCAAGAAUACUCAAGUAAGACCCUGUAAUGAGGCGGAGGAAACGUGUGGCGAUACUUGCCAGAAGCUGUUGUCCUGUGGCCAGCAUACUUGCACUCAGCGCUGUCAUCGGGGACCCUGCAUUUCCUGCCCCGUGAGAACUAAAAAGAAAUGUCGCUGUGGUCUGCAUGAAAAGGAGCUUCCUUGCUCCAAGGAGUUCACAUGCGAAACUAAAUGCAAGCAGAUUCGUGAUUGUGGCAAACAUGCCUGCAAUAGAAAGUGCUGUGGGGAUCAGUGUCCACCAUGCGAGAAGAUUUGUGGCAAGCAGCUGAGCUGCAACAAGCACAAAUGCCAGUCCGUGUGCCACAAUGGACCAUGCUAUCCCUGCAAACUGGAGUCCCAAAUAAACUGCCGCUGUGGAAAGACCAAACGAAGUGUUCCUUGUGGAAGAGAGAGGAGUGCCCGCAUCGUCUGCUUGGAACUCUGCCGCAUAACUGCCAAAUGCCACCACGCCAUUAAACAUCGCUGUCACAAGGGCGAGUGUCCUCCUUGUGGCCAGGUGUGUGGGCUUCCCAAUGACACCAGCAAAUGCGGACACAUCUGUAAGGCUCGCUGCCAUGAGGCAGUUAGAGCUAACAAACCCAAAGAGGCUAAGCCACAGGCUAAAAAGUACGAGUAUAAGGCUCUACCCCAUCCCCGGUGCGAAGAAGGAGUCGUUGUCACCUGCAUCGGGGGUCAUGAGGUGGCCACCUGGCCCUGCUGGAACUCCAAGCCCAGCUCCUGCCAGAGAAAGUGUGCGCGCCAGCUUAAGUGUGGCAAUCACAAGUGCUCCUUGGUUUGCCAUUCGGUGGAGCUUCCGCAGGACAUGGCCCAGCAAGCUGGUUGCGCCAACUGUGAGGAGGGUUGCUCUGUUCCCCGACCCACCGGAUGUGUUCAUGCCUGUCCCAAGGGCUGUCAUCCUCCGCCCUGUGCGCCCUGUAACUUUGUGAUUAAGAGCAAGUGCCACUGUGGUCUCAAUCAGUUGGUGUACAAGUGCAGUGAGUAUUUCGAUGAGUCGGGCACUGUCCAGGAGAUUAUCGAGCGGAGGGAGAAGCUACGUAGCUGCCUCAACCGGUGCUUGAAGAAUUAUCCCUGCGGACAUCGCUGCACAGCUAUUUGCCACUCGGGCAAGUGUCCAAAUCCCGAUUCGUGCCGCAAGAAGGUUCGCAUCUUCUGCGCCUGCAAGCGACUCAAGCAGGAGAUUGCCUGCGACAAACACCGUGCUGGUCAAACAUUUUUGGAAUGCGAUUCCAUUUGCAAGGCUGAGCAAUCACGCGCCCAGGCGGCGGAGAUACAGCAGCUGGAGCAAAAGCGUCGCAACGAGGAGGAGCGAAACCGCCUGGAGCUCGAGAAAUUCGAGGCGAAGUUCGGCAAACGCAAGCACAAGGAGCGCAAAACAGUGGACGUGGGUCCGGCCAAAACCAAGAUCGACUGGCAGCGCUGGGCCAUCUAUCUUGUGUCCAUCCUCACAGUAGUAGGUGCAAUUGCAGUGGCUUUCUACGCGGACAGUUAAACGAGUGACAACAAACAAUUUAAACUAGUAUUUCUAAUAUCAAUUUAAACAGAUAAGCAAAUCGAAUUAAAACAAUGACUGAUAAGCACU